AUGAAAGUCCUGAUAGUUCUUAUUUUAUAUGGAGUCAUUUUAAAAGAUACACAGGGCUCACCAACAUUUUAUCAUAGAGGAUGGCUGAGGUUAUUAAGAGGUGAUAUCUGUGGAAAUUGUGACAUACACGGUUGCUCUAAAUCUAUCAAUUGCCCAGCUGGGACAGUGCUGGAUGAUUGUGGCUGCUGCCCUGAAUGUGGAAACGUGGAAGGACAGAUCUGUGAUUUGGAUAACAAGAAUCAUUUCUACGGAAAGUGUGGUGAAAACUUAGAAUGCAGAUUGGAUGCAAAUGAUAACAAAUUUGGUGAGAUUCCUGAGCCCCAAUGUGUUUGUAAAUACAAGGAAAGCAUCUGUGGCUCUGAUGGGAAGACAUACGAUAAUAUCUGCCAGUUCAAUGAGAUAUAUUCAAGAAGUCAAGAGAAUAUUACUUUGCAACACAGAGGACCUUGUGCAGCAGCUCCAUUUAUUUCAAUACCACCUAAAGAUGCCCGAAAUUUUACUGGAAAUGAUAUUAUUUUUGGCUGUGAGGUAUCAGCAUUUCCAAUGCCACACCUUGAAUGGAGGAAAGAAGGAAAUAAUAGAUAUCUGCCAGGGGAUGAUGCUCAUAUUUCAGUUCAGACAAGAGGUGGACCUCAGAGGUAUGGUGUAACAGGAUGGCUCCAGAUCGAAGGAAUUAAAAAAUCAGAUGAAGGUGUCUAUAUCUGUGUCACAAAAAACAAGUAUGGCACAACAAUCGCUUCAGCAAAACUUAAAGUUGUUGAUUAUGGUUCACAGUCCACACUAAAAUAUAUAACUAGUAGUAAGUUCAGCAGGUACAACACAGACGAUAAGAAUUACUACCCAUAUAAACCAGAAGAAGAAGGGGAAGGUGAAGAAUUUGGAUCUGGGGAUAUAGAAAAUUAA